AUGAAAGUACUGACUCCCGAAAUCGCUUGGCACGAGACGUUGCCAAUUUACUCCUGUGAUCUGCAACCGUUCACCCUGGUGUCCAAAAUUAGGGAUAUGACGUUGCGUGAACCUUUGGCGGAGCUUCCCCUUAAUGAUGCAACAUUAACUGAUGCCGAGAAGUUGAAAGAAGAGACGGCGGCGACUAAAGAAGAGGGAGAAAAGAGGAUUGGAUCCAUCUUUGGGGAGACGUGGACAAGAUUGGCCACCGCGGGUGGAGAUAGCAUGGUCCGCCUGUGGCGGGUGAACCUCGAAUGGAGACCACCGGGUUCUGUCACCGUCGCCACCUUCAAGAAGCCCCUGCCCAAGGGCAUGCUAGAGAGUUCAAGCGGCAAAAAGACCGCUUCAAGCACUACUGCCGCCACCACUGCCACGGCCACCGCCGCUACUGGUGAUGACGUGAGUGGAGGAGUUGAAGUGCCCGCACCCGUGUCCGAAGGAUUAGUCUUCUUGGCCACUCUGAAACGACAUGAGCGGUUGGUCAAUGUUGUCCGCUGGUCUCCAUCUGGCGAAUAUCUGGCCUCAGGAGGCGAUGACCAAUUUAUAAUUAUCUGGCACAUGCAGCCCGAAUCUGCGAGUGAAUCGACUUCGCCAUCAUUGCCAGGGGAUGAUGGUGACGAACCCAAAUCUCUGGAAACUUGGUCGCCUCUGCGCUCCUUACGGCGCCAUCUGGAGGACGUCUAUGAUCUCUGUUGGUCGCCUGAUGACACCGCCUUCAUCUCGGGUUCGGUUGACCAGUCGGUCAUUCUCUGGAACCUCGAUCUUUCCGUCGAGGGCACCUCCAGUGGGACCUGCAAAUCGGUGGUGCUUUGCGACCACAAGCACUACGUCCAGGGUGUUGCCUGGGACCCUUUGGGUGUCUACGUCGCCUCACUCUCCUCCGAUCGAUCUUGCCGUAUUUACAAGGUGGCAACCAACCAUUGUGUCAUCACCUUAUCUAAGGUCGAUAAGUGCCACUUGUUCCAGGAUGAUUCGUGGAAAUCCUUCUUCCGCCGUCCGAGUUUUAGUCCAGACGGCCUGCUGCUUAUCUGUCCAGCGGGCAAUCUCGAGACAGCUCCAUUUGCUGGCGAUAUGUCCUCUGCCGUUUCGUCGACCUCCAACAAAGGUGCCUCCAUCGCCUCUAAAGUCGACGCUGCCGACUCCGAUGUCACCCUUUCUUCAAGCAAGUUCACUACGACCGCUCCACAACACGCCGCACACAUUUUCCUGCGAAAUUGGACCAAGAGACCCUGCGUGAGUCUACCGACGGGUCCACGACCUGUGAUCGCCGUGCGCUUCUGCCCGCAGCCCUUCCGGCUACGCAUUACCAAUCCCGACUCCGAAGUAGCUCUCUCUAGCCUCUUUGAUUUGCCCUAUCGGUGGAUCUUCUGCCUCGUACUUGACGAUGGGCUCCUCUUCUUUGACACCCAACAGGUCCAGCCCUUUGCUCAGGUUGGCCAGAUCCACUAUCAAUCGCUGAACGAUGCGGCAUGGUCGAGUGACGGUCGCCUGGUGACCGUGACAUCCACUGAUGGGUACUGUUCCCUUAUACACUUCUCCGUGGAGGAGCUGGGUGUCCCCUAUCGGGGACCGCUUGGAGCAAGAACGGUCCCUCCAACGGCCAAUUUUUCCGUCGAGGCAGGCUCGAAUGAUGAAAAUGUAAUCGAGCAUACAGCAAAGACAACUCCGGAGAAGGAUGAGAAGCCGCAGGUGAGGGCGAUGGAGGCGCUGAAAUCGGAGGGGCGCCGGCAUAUCUCUUUUGAGUCGGGUAUUCACACACCAGAGCGGCCACACAUUCCCCUUCCCGUCACUCCGAACACUGGUCGCUACCUCUCAGCACCCGUUCUAGCCUCGCCCACGGCCACAACGCCCACCAUCAUUAGAUCGAAGCAGACGGGUGAAAAGCGCCGUAUACCAUUCAUUACACUCUCCAAGGAAGUUGAAUCGAACCCACCGACGGGGCCACACACAGAGGAGCAAGACCAGAAUAAAAAUUAA